GGGCUACACACUGACAGGACCGCGUUGAAUUCGCUGUAUCCUUUUACUGAUUGAUACGUCAUUUGUUAUUUUCUCCUGUGAGGCAGGGCCCUAGCCCCCCGCUGUAAGUUCAUGGAGAAAGUUAGAAGUUCUUCUCUCGUAUUGGUCAAUCGCGCUCCUGCCUCUUCUAAUAUUCACAUUCAUCGUGCGCCAUAAGAAAAGUGUACAGUCCGUUAAUAGUUCUAUUCGGUAAAAAAGAAAAUGUUUCAGGCCUUCUCAAGGAUUACUUUACCAGGUGGAAAGGACUUUUUUGGUCCGGUUGUUAACCAGGCUACAUUUCAUCGACUCAGCGGUGCUUUGUGGCAAAAAUCUGCAGUAAAUAAACUGCCACCAGAUCUUCCAGAAAUGCCUCCCUGUGAUUUUAAACCUGAGGAGUAUAAGUCACUGUCUGGGGAACGCAUGCUGGAGAUCAGAAAGAGAAAUUGCAACCCCAUAAUCAUGAGGAACACCUAUUACAAGAAACAUCUGCACGUACAUCAGGGCUACAUGCAGUGGCUCUGGGACAUAAACGGGAGGAGGUACCUUGAUCUCUUCUCUGGUGUGGCCACUGUCAGUGUUGGACACUGCCAUCCAAAGGUGAAUGCAGCAGCCCAGAAACAGAUGGGACGACUGUGGCACACGACAAACAUCUACAUGAAUUCACCAAUCCACGAGUAUGCAGAGAAACUUGCAUCGCUUCUCCCAGACCCACUGAAGGUCAUUUACCUAACAAACAGUGGCUCGGAGGCUAAUGACCUUGCUAUGCUCAUGGCAAGGGUGUACACGGGGAACUUUGAUGUCAUUACUUUCAGAGGUGGAUACCAUGGUGCCAGUCCUUAUGCUAUGGGCUUGACAUCAAUGGCUGCCUUUAAAUACCCAAUUGCAACCGGAAUCGGUUGCCAUACUACUAUGUGCCCAGAUGUCUUCCGUGGUCCGUGGGGAGGAAGUCAUUGUCGCGAUUCACCUGUUCAGACCAUUCGGGAAUGUAACUGCUCCCCAGAUUGUUGCCAAGCAAAGGACAUGUACAUUCAACAGCUCAAAGAAGUUCUCAAUACCAGUGUAUCACAGCAGAUAGCUGGGUUCUUUGCUGAGCCCAUACAGGGUAUUGGAGGAGUAGUUCAAUAUCCAAAGGGGUUCCUGAAGGAGGCCUAUAGGCUGGUCCGAGAAAGAGGAGGAGUGUGCAUUGCUGAUGAGGUUCAGACUGGAUUUGGCCGUACAGGAAGUGACUUGUGGGGCUUCAAGGCCCAUGACGUUGUUCCAGAUAUUGUUACCAUGGCAAAGGGAAUUGCAAAUGGUUUCCCAAUGGGAGCUAUAGUUACCACACAAGAGGUUGCAAAUGCAUUGACCCGGGGGUCACAUUUCAAUACUUUUGGAGGAAACCCAGUUGCCUGUAGCAUAGCAUCCUCAGUGCUUGAUACCAUUGAGGAAGAUGGUUUGCAGCAAAACAGCGCCCAAGUUGGGACCUAUCUGCUGACUGAACUUGCCAAACUGCGGGAUAAAUUUGAUAUCAUUGGUGACGUCCGUGGAAAAGGGCUUCUCAUAGGGGUUGAAAUGGUGAAGGACAAGGUAAGCCGUGAGCCACUACCAGGAGUAGAGAUGAACGAGAUCUUCGAAGAUUGUAAAGACAUGGGCCUGCUAAUUGGAAAGGGUGGAGUCUACGGACAGACAUUCCGGAUCAAGCCUCCUAUGUGCAUCACUAAAGAUGAUGCUGAUUUUGCACUUGCAGUCUUUGGCCUGGCUAUACAGAGGCAAAUGGAGAGGAGAUUAUAAAAAGCUGUCAAGGCACAAUGAAAGAACAUUCAUCACAUCCCUCCUUGAAUUAGUAAUUAACCAGCACAGAAGAUUAAAAUGACACAUCUGAAUCCUAUAUCACAAUGAGACCUGAUAGACUUGAUAUAUUUUAUAGUUUUAAUCAAGACUACAAUUUCUAAGUGUUGUUUACAGAAUCAGGAACUUUCUUUUUAUAAAAAGCCUUAACCUGAAUUACAUUUUAAAACGCCUUAUUUACAAGCAAAACACAUGUAUGUUAAGUGCUCAUAGAACUUGUUGCGUUUCUACAAUUUUUGAAUUGACUACUUUGAAAUCCCUAAAUUAAAUGUCUUCUUGUUUA